AUUUAAUAGGUUAUGUUUCAGAUUCAGUAGUGAAUCAAUAAAAAUGUUCUAAAUAAAAAAUUAAAGAAUUACUUAAUUUACUAUAAAUUUGAAAGAAUUACAAUAGUUUAAAACGUAUUUUUGAGGAAAAAGUAAAGAGACGUCAAAGAUGGGUGCAGAUUUAAUCGUAGAUCCCCAGAUUCGUUUUUGGGUGUUUUUACCUAUUGUAGUUAUUACAUUCCUAACUGGAAUAUUAAGGCACUAUGCUUCUAUAUUAUUGUCUAGUCAAAAGAAGAUUGAACUUCAGCAGUUAGCAGACUCGCAGCUUCUUUUAAGGGCCAGGGCUUUGAGAGAAAAUUGUGGUUAUAUUCCAAAGAAUUCCUUUCUGAUCAGAAAGCAAGCCUUCAACAAAGAGGAUGGGUAUUUAAUGCAAAAACGCCCCGCAGUGACCCAAAACAUGAUGACUGAUCCAACUAUGAUGACAGAUAUGCUCAAAGGUAACCUCACAAAUGUUCUACCUAUGAUUGUAAUCGGAGGUUGGAUUAAUUGGAUGUUUUCCGGCUUCAUAACCACAAAAGUACCAUUUCCACUAACCCUGAGAUUCAAAUCUAUGUUACAAAGAGGAAUAGAACUGUCACAUUUAGAUGCGAGUUGGGUAUCAUCGGCUUCUUGGUAUUUUCUGAACGUUUUUGGUUUAAGAAGCAUAUACACGUUGGUACUGGGUGAGAAUAAUGCUGCUGAUCAAAGUAAACAAAUGCAAGAACAGAUGCAGAUGACCGGAGCUGCGUCUGGAAUGCCUGCAGAUCCAAAAGUUCCAUUUAAAGCAGAGUGGGAAGCGUUGGAAAUCACUGAACAUCAGUGGAAGUUGGCAGACGUUGAAAAGGAUAUAUUGUAGAGAUUACUUAAAUUAUAAUUAUUUAUUGUUAAAAAAUUAUAGUAAAUUGCAUUUUUUGUUUUUUGAUGUAUUGGUAGAUGGUAGACAAUUACAUUUUUUUUAAUUAAA